CGACGUCAACGUGUUCAUACAUAAUCGAAUUUGGAUCUCUAACCAAAACUAAAAUAAUAAAUAACUAAAUAUGUCCUUGAAACUUUUGAAACAAAGCGUCGAUAUUGUAGAAGAAGAAAUAAAUAGUAUUAAUGAAAGCAAGAAACGUUCCUGCUCAAGAAAUACAAAUUCUUCGUUGAAAUUCGUCUCGGAACAUCAAACUCGAAAGCAGCACAAAAAGAAGUUGCAGGGUGUUCGUAGUCAGCUGAUAAGUAACGAUGCGAAGUCUGAGGAGAAUAUAAAACGACUUUUGGCGCUAUCUAUGAAUCAUAUCAACAUAAAAGAUGCCGAAAAGAUUGUCCAAAGAGCCCAUAAAGGUCGAUAUGUUGAUAAAAUUAUACCUAAAGUUGAACAAGAGUCCAUAUUUACCGAAGAAGACUUCCGUAAAUUUGAGGAGGAAUAUUUUAAUUCAUAGUACUAUUUAAAUGCGUUUCCUUACGGCAAAAACUUGAAAAAACAGUGACAAAGGUUCUAAACAAGACUGCAAAACAUUUAUUUUGCGUUAUAUCAAGGAUGGUGACAAGUAAAUGUUAAUUUUUUGUACGAUUGUAUUUGAUUUCAAAAAGUACGUCUUAAACAAAAAUCUAUUAGCAACAAAAAUAGUACAUUUAAUCAUUAAAAUUUCUUUGAAUUAACGAUGCAUAUCUUUAAGCCAUAAUUUAAGUAGAAACCGACCACACUACUUUGAUUAAAAGUCAAAAUGGAUAUUUGUAAUAUA